AUGGACUCAGUCAGCGAAAAUUCAGAGAAAAAGGAGGACCAUAUACAUCACUCUAGUAUCGUGCACGGCUACGACGUCGAUGUAGGCGCUCAGCUGAUUGUGGAGACAGACACUUCUCUCACUCCACAGGAGGCCUCUCGACUGAGAGCCAAGAUUGAUUGGCACAUUUUGCCAUUCAUGUGCAUCAUGUACUUAAUCACGUUCAUGGAUAAAACCACUCUGGGUGAAGCAGCGGUGCUGGGUAUAUUGACGGAUGCAAAUCUAACUGCUAACCAGUACGACUGGCUAGGCACCAUAUUUUAUCUAAGCUAUCUCGUGUUUCAAUACCCUCAGAACUUGGCAUUGCAGCGCUUCCCUGUUGGAAAAUGGAUGAGCAUCAAUAUCUUUCUGUGGGCCGUCGUCCUGCUAUGUCAUGCUGCUUGCAAAUCUUUCGGAUCAUUGCUAGCGGUGCGCUUCUUACUGGGGAUGUGCGAAGGUGCUAUCACCCCCGGCUUCAUGAUUGUCACAUCCAUGUUCUAUACUCACGCCGAACAAACGAGGCGUGUUGGUUAUUGGUUUUUGAUGAACGGGUUUGCUGUGAUCAUUUUGGGGUUUAUUAGUUAUGGCCUUCUUUACACGCACACAGCCUCUUUCAUGCCCUGGCAAUGGCUCAUGAUUAUCACUGGUACCAUCACAUUGUUCACCUCUGUGCUCUUCUGGUUUUUCUUCCCUGAUUCGCCUACAACCGCUCGGUUCCUCACUCCAGAAGAAAGAGUCGCGGCGAUUCGCAGAAUUCAAGUAAAUCAAGGUGGCGUAGAGAACAAACGUUUCAAGAAGGAACAGUUCCUUGAAACUGUCAAGGAUCCGAAGACAUGGUUAAUGGCAUUCUUUGCAGGGUCUGCAAACAUCGUGAAUUCUCUCACCAAUCAACGCCAGUUGAUUGUCUCACAAUUCGGUUUCAAUGGUAUCCAGACAACUCUCCUUGGCUGUGUUGAUGGUGGGGUCGAAAUUCUCACCAUUUGGCUGGGAGUGGUUCUUGCUUCACAGCCAUCCAUCGGCAGGUCAUAUGCUGGUGUACUAAUGUAUAUUCCUGCGAUACUUGGCUCGAUACUCGUUAGCACGCUUCCGUUCUCCAACAAAAUAGGGUUGCUAUUCUCAUACUGGAUUUCAAUCUUCGCGAUUGCGCCAUUUACUAUCUUCCUUGGUUGGGUUAGUUCGAUAACAUCUGGACACACGAAACGAAUCACUACCAAUGCCAUCGUCCUGUGCUCGUAUGCGAUUGGCAAUGCCGUCAGUCAGUUUAUGUGGAAGGCACAAUAUCAACCCAGGAACCACGUUCCAUGGGCUGUUAUCACAUCAUGUAAUUUUGCCGCUGGUAUCGCGUUGGUGGUUCUUCGUUUCAUGUUCGCCGGCGAGAACACGAAACGAGAGCAUGAACCCCCCGAAGACAAGCAUGAUGCGGUGUACAUGCUUGACCAAUCGGGUGCAGAGAGGAAGGUGGACAAAGCCUUCCUCGAUCUCACGGACAAACAAAACCGUGACUUUCGCUAUGUUCUGUAGGUGUUGCCUUGGUAGUCAUACUUGAUUCCCCGCAGAAACUUCUCCUUGGGUUUCCCGUUCUUCGUUUUGCGUGUUUUGACGUAAUCUAGGUAAUAAUUUCAUAUUCUUUAUACUUUUCCAUGCUUGGUACUCCAGUUGUUUGCCGUAAUUUUUGGGGCGAAAAUGAUGUUUUGAUAUAUUCCUUGUACAAAAUAAAGGUCUACUGUGUGUUAAAGAUGAUUCUGGUAUAACAACUCUGGAUUUGAUCAAAGAAAUGACAAAACCUUCGUCGGCCGACGAACAGCCGCCGAGUUUCCUUCCAGAUGCUUAUAUGCAAUGCGAAAAUCAGGGACUGCUUCUUUCGAUGUCAAUGACUUCCUUAAAUCUUUCUUCAUAGCGAUUGGUCUUCCAAAGAAGUCUACAGGUGGCUAGUCGACGAAUUCAGCAGAUAGUCUG